AAAAUGUUAAAAGUCAUAAACCUCAAGAACUAAAAAAAGAAUGGCUUCCUGGAUAUUCAAGUUGCUGCUGCUGCAAUUUGUGCUUGUGUUGAUUCAACAUGCUGAUUCAGGUUCUAUCAUCAAAUAUCUUCCUGGUUUUGAAGGCCCUCUUCCCUUCGAGCUCGAAACCGGGUACAUUGGCGUUGGUGAGCAAGAGGAAGAUCAAAUGUUUUACUACUUCAUCAAAUCUGAGGGCAAUCCAGAAGAAGACCCUCUUCUUGUCUGGUUAACUGGAGGACCUGGCUGCUCUUCUUUCUCUGGUCUUGUUUAUGAGAAUGGGCCUCUUGCUUUCAAGGUUGAAACUUACAAUGGAAGUAUACCAACGUUGGUUUCUACUACAUAUUCAUGGACUAAGGUGGCCAAUAUAAUCUAUUUGGAUCAGCCUGUUGGGACUGGCUUUUCCUACUCAACAAAUCCACUUGCUGAUAUACCAAGUGACACAGGAUCAGCUAAGCGGGUCAACGAGUUUGUUCGUAAGUGGCUGGCUAAGCAUCCUGAGUAUUUCUCCAAUCCUUUCUAUGUCACCGGAAAUUCUUAUUCCGGUAAGGUGAUUCCGGCAAUCGUUCAAGAAAUCUCAAAUGGAAAUUAUAUAUGCUGCAAACCUCAAAUAAAUCUUCAGGGCUAUGUGAUUGGAAACCCGGUAACAGCCUAUGAUCAUGAUAAUGACUCUCGCAUUCCAUUUGCUCAUGGAGCGGCACUCAUCUCUGAUGAACUAUUCGAGUCGAUGAAGAGAAGCUGUAAAGGAAGCUAUAGUAUUGUAGAUUCUCUUAAUACAGAAUGCGUGAAACUCGUUGAAGAUUAUCACAAGUGUGUUUCUGGAAUAUAUGAAGAACUUAUUCUUAAACCACAAUGUGAGACUACAUCUCCUGAUUGUUAUACGUAUCGGUAUUUGCUAUCUGAAUAUUGGGCUAAUAACGAGAGCGUCCGCAGAGCACUCAAAGUUGUCAAGGGGACUAAAGGGAAAUGGGAACGAUGUGAUUGGAGUGUGCUUUGCAAUAAAGACAUUAAAAGCAGCAUACCGUACCAUAUGAAUAACAGCAUCAAAGGCUAUCGAUCUCUAGUCAUUAGUGGUGAUCACGAUUUGACAAUCCCUUUCGUUGGAACUCAAGCAUGGAUAAGAUCUCUCAACUAUUCCAUCACUGAAAAAUGGAGGCCAUGGAUGAUACUCGAUCAAGUCGCCGGAUACACCAAGACUUAUGCCAAUAAGAUGACAUUUGCCACUGGAGGUGGGCACACAUUGGAAUAUAAACCAGAGGAGAAUUCAAUCUUGUUCAAGAGAUAUCUUCCUGGUUUUGAAGGCCCUCUUCCCUUCGAGCUCGAAACCGGGUACAUUGGUGUUGGUGAGGAAGAUGAAGAUCAAAUGUUCUACUACUUCAUUAAAUCUGAGAGCAAUCCAGAAGAAGACCCUCUUCUUCUCUGGCUAAGUGGAGGACCUGGUUGCUCUUCUUUCACUGGUCUUGUUUAUGAGAACGGGCCUCUUGGUUUCAAGGUUGAGGCCUACAAUGGAAGUAUCCCCACGUUGGUCUCUACUACAUAUUCAUGGACAAAGGUUGCGAAUAUAAUAUAUUUAGAUCAACCUGUUGGGACUGGCUUCUCCUACUCAAAAAAUCCACUUGCUGAUAUACCAAGUGACACAGGAUCAGCUAAGCGGGUCGAUGAGUUUCUUCGUAAAUGGCUAGCCAAACAUCCUGAGUAUUUCUCCAAUCCUUUCUAUGCCGGCGGAAAUUCUUAUUCCGGUAAGAUGGUUCCGGUCAUCGUUCAAGAAAUCUCAAAUGGAAAUUGUAUAUGCUGCAAACCUCAAAUAAGGCUUCAGGGCUAUGUGCUUGGAAGUCCGGUAACAGACUAUGAUCUUGAUAGAAAUUCUCGUAUUCAAUUUGCUCAUGGAAUGGCACUUAUCUCUAAUGAACUCUAUGAGUCGAUGAAGAGAACCUGUGGAGGAAACUAUAUUAUUGUGGAUCCUCUUAACACAGAAUGCUUGGAACUCAUUAAACACUAUGAAAAGUGUGUUUCUGGAAUAUAUGAAAACCUUAUCCUCGCACCAAAAUGUGACCUUACAUCUCCUGAUUGCCAUUCGUAUCGUUCGAUGCUAUCCGAAUACUGGGCCAAUAACGAGAGCGUACGCAGAGCACUUAAAGUUGUGGAGGGUACUACAGGUAAAUGGGAACGAUGUAAAUGGAGUUUGCAAAACAAUAAAGACAUUAAAAGCAGCAUACCAUACCAUAAAAAGAACAGCAUCGAAGGCUAUCGAUCUCUCAUCUUCAGUGGUGAUCACGACAUGCUAACACCUUACGUUGGAACUCAAGACUGGAUAAGAUCUCUCAACUAUUCCAUCAUUGACAAAUGGAGGCCAUGGCUGAUACUCGAUCAAGUCGCUGGCUACACUACGACUUAUGCUAACAAGAUGACAUUUGCAACUGUGAAAGGAGGCGGGCACACGUUAGACUAUAAACCAGAGGAGAAUUCAAUCUUGUUCCAGAGGUGGAUAAGUGGCCAACCUCUUUAAACACAAAAACCUUUAUCUUGGAGUGAUCUUGUUUGGUUUGAUGUAUCAUCUGAAAUACAUUUUAGAUGUUAAG